AUGACAAGGGAGCACUCCCACUUUCUCCAUCUCUCUCUCCAAGUCCUGGGCAAAAAUCGAGGCCGAAGGUCCUCCAGUCCCUUUUUCUGCCCACUCAGCUGCCCAGCUAAAGCACAGGGGACCCUGUGCAGCUGCUUUUCUCCUCCUGAUAGUCUGGCACACUGUGAGUCAAAGGACAGUCCUGGCGAGGGAAGGCAGAUGUACCACGAGCCUCUGGAUUCCCAUCCAUCCACGCCCCAGCCAGAAGGGAAGAUAUUGUCUGCGAGAGAAGCUAAGCCAAGGACCUUGACCGAGCCAGCUGUGGAAGAGGGCACCAUGGCUCCGAGGAAGGCCUGGGCAGUAGCAGGAGGCAUGGGGGUGGUUUUAGUGGUUGCCAUAGUCCUUGCAGUCAGCCUGACCCAGAGCCGCAGCUCCCAGCCAGGUUGUGAGAGCUGUCGCCCAGAUGGUGACAUGAUGGACUACCUUCUCAGCAAUGGGCAUAUCAGCCACAAGGAUGGCCUGCUGGUCACCUGGUACCAUGCUGCCAACUCCCGGAGUGAGAUGGAGGCAGCCCUGAGCAGUGACGUCAUGGUACUGGAAGCAGACGUCAAUGUGGAAGGGCUGAAUACAGACAAUGAGACGGGGGUCCCGAUCAUGGCCCACCCCCCUGCCAUCUACAGCAACAACACCUUGGAACACUGGCUGGAAGCUGUAUUGACCAGAUCAAUAAAAGGCAUCAAACUGGAUUUCAAGAGCAUCCAAGCAGUUGGCCCUUCUCUGGAUCUCUUGAGGAAGCAGACAGAGGACGGGAAGGUCCAGAGGCCUGUGUGGAUCAAUGCCGACAUCCUGAACGGCCCCAACGUGCCUAUCCCCAUUGCUGUCAAUGCCACACGGUUUCUGUCCCUGGUCCAAGAAAAGUACCCUGAUGCCACCCUGUCUGUGGGCUGGACCACUCUCUACUCCCCCUUCACUCCCAACAGUACCUAUACCCAGGAUAUGAUCGAGAAGAUGCACAGUCUGGUGGAGGCCCUGCCACAGAAAGUGACCUUCCCGGUGUGGGCCGUCAUGGCGAGAGCUGCCUGGUCCCAUUUUAGCUGGCUCCUGAGUCAGUCUGAGAGGUACAGCCUGACCCUAUGGCAGAGCGCCUCGGACCCAGUGACUGUGGAUGACCUUCUUUACAUACGGAAACACAGUGCCACACACCAAAUCUACUAUGACCUUUUUGAGCCCAUCCUGUCUCAGUUCAAGCAGCUUGCCCGAGAGAGGUCUGGCUCAUCCAGGGGCUGACCUAACAAGGGUCAAAGGUCUGAGGGCUGGAGAAGAGUGGGCACUGGGGCCCUGGAAUCACUCAUCAACCCAUCACAAAGUAGGGGGGAUUCUCCACCAUCUCCCAGGAAAAUCAGGAGGCAUCACUGAACUUCAGAGCUAGAAGAGACCUCAGUGGGCAUGAAGUCUGAUCCAUCCCAGCAAAAGAAUCACUUCUCCAGA